AUGACGAAGGGAGAGCAGGCUCUGAACGAGAGAGAAAUAGAAUUGCAGGAACAAAUGCAGGAAGUUCUGAAGAAAGGUCCUAGAUCAGGUCAGGAAAUACAAUUCAUGACGGAUCUGGCCUUUAUAGAUGUGUUCAGAUUGGAGCGGUUACCAAAAGGUUUCAAGAUGCCUCCAAUAGAGCAGUACAACGGGAAGGCAGAUCCAGUAGAUCACCUAGAGACAUUCAAGUCUCUGAUGUACUUGCAAGGAGCCUCUGACACAAUCAUGUGCAAAGCAUUUCCGUCAACAUUGAAAGGAUCGGCGAGGCAGUGGUUCUCUCACCUUAAGCCACUGUCCCUUUCUAAAUUUAUAGAUCUAGGGAGAGCUUUCCUGACCAACUUUAUGAGCAGCAGAAUCCAUAAAACGACUGCAGCAAAUCUAUUGGCCAUUAGACAACAAGCUAGAGAGAUAAUCAGAGAAUUCCUCACUAGAUUCAACAAGGAGGCUUUGGAAGUGCGAGAUUUGGAUCUAAUGGUGAAGUUCCAAGCUCUCAGCAGUGGAAUCAGAGAUAGGAAACUGAAGGAAUCUCUGAUCAUGGAAGAACCAGUAGACAUGUGUGACCUCUAUUCACGUUGUGAGAAACACAUCAACUUGGCAGAGGUUCUCACUGUAGAGCAAGAAAGAGAAUUAAGAAUCGAGAGGAAAGGUCAAGACAGGAAAGAACCACCAGUUAGCAAAAACAAACCAAAAGAGAACAGGGAGCAGAGAGAGGGAAAGAGAAGAAGAGAUGAUCGAGCCUGGGUUUCGAGGAGUGAUGUGAAGCCAGAACUAGCGUACACACCGCUCACGCACAGGCGAGCAUACAUAUUGAAUGAAGUCAAAGACCGGUUGACCAUACAUUGGCCGACCAAGAUGGUGAAGCCUGCUAGCGAACACAAUAAAAACAAGUACUGCAAGUUUCAUCAAGACCAUGGCCAUGAUACUGAAGAGUGUAGAUAG